AUGGAGAAACUAUAUGAGGUGUUCCCUUGUUCCGAAGUCCAGAAAGUCCUCCUAGCCACCUAUACUCUGAAGGAUGAUGCCCGGAGGUGGUGGUUAUUGAUUCGAAAUGGCCACAAAAAUAUGACAUGGACUCAAUUUAAUACAAUUUUCUAUGACAAGUACUUUCCCCAGUGCUUCCGAGACCGGAAGGUUUCAGAAUUCCAGGAACUCAAACAAGGCAGAAUGUCUGUAACCGAGUAUGAGGCUAAGUUUACUGAGUUGGCCAGGUUUGCUCCUCACAUGGUGGACACAGACUACAAGAAGGCCCGCAAGUUUGAGGGUGGAUUGGACCUGGACAUACUGGAUAGGGUGGGAGUCCUGAACCUACCCACGUACGUGAACGUUUUGGAUAGGGCAUUAAUGACAGAAUCCAUUCUAACAACGAGGAAACAAACUCUUGUCCCACGAACUGAUUGGACGGGGAAAAGAUAUGGAAACAGUUUAAAAAAGGGUCAUUCAUUUUCUGGGAAUAAGAGGCGAAACACAGGAUCUUACAGUAGCUCAAGCCAAAGUAGUGGUACUAUACCAACUUGCUCGGAAUGUGGUAAGAAACACAAGGGGAAUUGUUAUCGAGCUUUGGGUGCCUAUUUUAGAUGUGGAAAGACUGGUCAUAUGAUGAAGGAUUGUCCUAUCAGAUUCGAAAAUACCAACCAACCAGCGGCAAGCUCAGCCGGAUCCGCUUCUGCAUCCAAGACGAAUACGAGGGCCAAUACUGGGAAAGAGCCUCUAAGACAGGGUCGAGUGUUCGCCUUAGCGCCUGGUGACGUACCAAACACCUAUAUCGUGGUAUCAGCUUUGAAAGCUAAAAAACUGCUUAGGAAGGGAUGCAGGGGUUACUUGUGUUGUGUACUUACUGCACCAUCUGACGGAACUACGGUAGAAACUAUCCCGGUUGCAUGUGAAUUUCCCGAUGUGUUCCCAAAUGACCUACCUGGGGACUUAAUUGAUAGGGAAAUAGAAUUCACCAUUGAUGUAACACCUGGAACACAGCCCAUCUCCAAGACUCCAUAUAGGAUGUCAACUUCUGAACUGAAAGAAUUGAAAGCUCAACUAUAG